AUGAAGCUGUCCAGCGUCAUCCCUUGGGCCCUGCUGCUCAGUACAGCCACAUCGGAUUCAACUGACAGGCUUCCCUUUAAAGAUAAAAAUUUGUGUGGGGACCUUUAUGAAGAGGAAUAUGGCGUGAUCUACCCCGAUCUGGGACUGCAUACGGAAUGCCUCUGGACCAUCAAGAUGGACCCAGGUUACAAAAUUGUUUUGGCAGUACAUGAUCUCGACCUCAACUGUGAUAAAGAGUCUUUCGAGAUUAUAGAUGGGCCACCAGAAUCUUCUAGCUCACGGAAGUUUUGUGACAAGCCAUAUUUGGAAUACGCAUCUUGUACCAAUACCAUGAUCGUCAAGUACACAAGAAUGCCCAACCACCCAGUCCCUAACUUCGUAUUAACUUUCCGUCGCGUGUUGUAA